UCUCGCGAUACGAGAUUUGCGACGCCAGACUGCGAGACCGACACGAUUCCUGUAAAGAGUACCGAUAAAAUUCAGAAAUGUCUGGUCGCUCGGUCCGUGCGGAGACCCGUAGCCGCGCUAAAGAUGACAUUAAGAAAGUGAUGGCGGUUAUCGAGAGAGUGCGGAGAUGGGAGAAGAAAUGGGUCACAGUUGGAGAUACAUCAUUAAGAAUAUUUAAAUGGGUUCCUGUGGUGGACACAAAGGAGAAAGACAAGAGCAAGGUGUCUGUGGGUGGUGAGAUGCAACAGAAGAAUUUUCCCACUGAGGAGUCAUCUGAUAACUCCUGUUCUGUACUGUUAGAUUUUCAAGAUGAGAACAGCAACCAGAGUUCUCUGUCAGACUCGUACCAGCUUAAAGCAGCUGCAGACAGCAGCAAUAACUCCAGUCCACAGCCCAGUGAGCCGGUCAGCCCUGCACUGCAGAGUCUAGACUACCAUACAGAUGAUCCACAGCCGCCCACCCUCGGCCAAGAAUUCAUGGAAGAGCCACUGCUGCAGUCAAGUGAGAUUGCAGAUGAGCCGCCCAGACUGAUCAAGGAAGAUCUUUUACCCCUCACUGCUCAGGAGGAUGAGGACAGCUGUGGAGCCCCACCACUGAAAAGAAUCUGUACCGAGCAGGUCUCGGUCAUUCAGGCGGCCCCUUUUAGCUAACACGCACACAAUCACGCACUGUACACUGGGCAUUGAUAAUCAGCCAGACUGAUCACUGACCUUCCUAGAACUGCUGCAAAAGACACAAUAUGGACCAGAUAUCGAAAAAGCACUAUAUUUAUUACCGCAUGGGAUUGCUUUGCAACAUUGUAGCCCUUUGUAACUCCCAGAAUAUGCUUCCAUUCAGUUCAUGUCAGGAUUAUUGUUCAUUUUUGAAGAUCCCAGAGUAGAAUCUCUGAAUUGUUAUCACUUACACUAAUUCUGAUGUAACCUGAAUGAAUCAUCGAUUCAACGUUUACCAAAAAAAAGCCAGAAUAUUAAAUAGACAUUCCUGUUUACAGGGAUAAUGAAUGAAUGUAAUAUCACUAUAAAUCCCUUCUUGUUGAAAUUGCUGUUAGAGUUAUUAUAAUGCUAAUAGUUUUAUUUUAUCUUCAGUUGAAUAUGAUGUUUGUUAAAAAAAAGAAAGCCAUAAUCUAAUUUUAUUUUGACUGAAGGCUUAACCAUUAUUGAAGAAAAUGUCCUUCAAAACCAUGACAAAAAGCAAGUUACAUGACAAGGGAACUUGAAAUGCAAUUUAAUACUUAAUGCUCUAUGCUCAAAUUAUCUCAUUAGAACACCCCAUUCCCUCUUAAAAACAAUGACUCAACAUGCAGAAUGUUUUCAACAUUCUGUAAGUUUACAUGCAGAUUGAAAUUAAGACUUUCUAAGUCGUGUUUCAAAAUAUGAGAAAAAUAUCUAUAUUUUGUGUUUGUAGAUUCUGCUCUCAGGAUCUUUAGUGCCUCCAACUGUCUAUCAGCGUUCAUUUGUUGCAGUAAUUGAACAUCUACUCUGUUUUUUUGUCUCUGUAGUACACCCCUAAAAAUGCCUGUAUCUUAUGCCACCUUAUUUUUUUUUUUUGCACACUGGUCUAGUGGGCACUUUGAGUUGAGUUCAAUGAAGCAGUCAUAUUGUUAUUUAAUGCAAAUAUCAUAAAAAAAAAUUAAACCUUUAAGAAUCAUA